AUGUUUAUCUGGACGUACCGCGCAAGGAUAAUGAUUGCGCUCACUGGUGAUUCACAUCUUCACGGCUCCUUCCUUGACUGCGUAUGGUGCUGCUGCUUCCAGUGCUGUGGCCUGUGUACUGGCGAGUGGACCGGGUGCUUCACUAUGUUUCCCUGUUGUCCAGCAAGAUGGCGCAGGCAGAAUUUGAUCAAAAUGGUCGGAAAACAGCUCGGCCUCUCAAACUACACCGUCGAAUUGAGGAACUUGGUGGUCGGCGAUCUUCCGUUUGACGGUCGCGCUGACAUUUUCCUGUCCGUGGAAUGCUCGUCCAAUCCGGCGAUGAAGACAUCGGUUGCAGAGGAUAGAUUGGCCAAGGUGAUUCAUUUUCCAGAAGUCUUGACCGUGCGGGUUCGACAUUGUUUCCUGGAAGAGAACGUGCGGAUCUCAGUCCUGCGGUUGAAGGUCGUAGGGUCAGAGGAGCUUUGUAGGAUCACCAUCAGCGCCAUGAAUGUGAUUGACUGGUCUCGCGAUUCGUCAGAGAGAAUCAAGCGCUUCCAGCUGAAAACCAUGGAUGCUGACAACAUAGAUCGCGAGACGCCAGCAUGGCUUCUAGUAGAGUUUGGCGAGCCAAUUGAGGUUCGCGACUUGGACAAUGUUCGAUCGGUGGACACCAUCCGAACGACGACCCGCGACAUGACCAGGUCCAUUCCUCACAGCGUCGCGGAGUACAAGCACACGUACUACCUGCUUGAUGCAGCAGGUCAUGCAAUCGAUGAGCCCUUUGAGGAGGACUUGGCGGACAUUCGUCGAAUGCGUUCAAACGCAAAGUACGUCUUCCAUGUUUGCAACAUCUUCACUUUGUUCUUCAUCCUGGGCUAUGCGCUUUUCCGCUCGUACGUGUGGUCCUGCUACCGGCGGUUUGCGUGGCUCACAAUGGCAAUCCUCAACAACCAGACGACCCCAGCACAUUUCCCCUUGAGCUUCCACGACAUGGAAAAGGUUGGACAAGAUUGCAAGGUGGAGGUUGAAGGCACCGGACUUCAAGGCGUCCCUUGCAGACCCUCAUUACAGCAGGUGAAUUUGCUGUGUCAAGGGACUGCAUACCUGGAUAGCUUACAUCAACCCUGGCCCCAAGCAUUUUCUGGUUACGACUGGGAGGAAGCGCUGUUCGGGGCGAACCAUGUUGGCUUCAGAUGCGUUGAGGGUAUUUGCAGCGUUCGGCACUGGGUGGUAGAUCGC